AGGCUCUCUGGUAAAUGUGCCGAGUUGGCACUAACUUUUUACCACGCUAGGGGGACCUCUGGGAUAAUAUUUGUCCAAAGAACAAGCUAACAGUCUUCUAGCCCUUAGUGACUGGGUCUUGCAGACAUGAGUCUGGCACGGUUGCACCAUGCGGUGCUGUUGGCUGAUAGCCUGGGCAGUCGCGUGAGCGGACUGGGGUUGAAAUGUCGAAGAGGGCUGAAAACAGCUUCCCGGAUUUACCAAGAAGCUCAGGUGAAGGAUGCGGAAAUCUCAAUCCCCGGAACACCCUACAAAAAUUUGACGAUUGGUGUUCCGAAGGAAAUCUUCACAAACGAGCGGCGUGUUGCCCUUAUUCCUGCAACCGCCGCGACUUUGACCAAGAAAGGAUUUUCGGUAAACGUUGAGGAAAAUGCCGGAAUUGAGGCAAAGUUUCUGAAUGAGGACUAUGCAGCAGCAGGCGCCAAUAUAGUAAAUAGAGACAAAGCUUUUACGUCUGACAUUUUAUUAAAAGUUCGGGCACCAGAGACGAAAGAAAUUGAAUUCCUUAAACAGAAUGGCACUCUACUUAGCUUUUUGUAUCCAGCCCAGAACAAAGAGCUGGUGGACUUGCUAGCAAAAAAGAAUUUGACCGUAUUCGCCAUGGACUGUGUACCUAGAAUCAGUCGCGCCCAGGUGUUUGACGCUCUUAGCUCCAUGGCAAACAUCGCAGGCUACAAAGCUGUCAUUGAAGCCGCUAACAACUUUGGCAGGUUUUUCACAGGGCAAAUUACUGCAGCAGGGAAAGUACCGCCAGCCAAGGUCUUGGUGAUCGGUGGGGGUGUAGCUGGACUCUCGGCAAUUGGAACAGCCAAAAAUAUGGGAGCCAUUGUGCGAGGAUUUGACACAAGGGCUGCUGUGAAGGAACAAGUGGAGUCCUUUGGAGCUGAGUUUCUCAGUGUUGAGGUUGAGGAAUCUGGAGAAGGUACUGGUGGUUAUGCUAAGGAAAUGUCCAAGGAGUUCAUCGAGGCAGAAAUGGCCCUGUUUGCCAAACAGGCCAAGGAAGUGGACAUCAUCAUUACUACAGCCUUGAUCCCUGGGAAACCAGCACCUAAACUUAUUACAAAGGCAAUGGUGGAGUCGAUGAAGCCAGGUUCAGUCAUUGUGGAUUUGGCGUCAGAAGCGGGAGGAAAUUGCGAGACGACCAAACCAGGCGAGCUGUACCGUUACCAUGACGUCACCCACAUUGGCUACACAGACCUGCCGAGUCGUUUGCCGACGCAAGCCAGCACUCUGUUCUCAAAUAAUAUCUCCAAACUACUGCUCUCGUUUGGUGAGAAGGAUCACUAUUAUCUUAACAUGGAUGACGAAGUUGUUCGAGGAUCAAUUAUUUUGCACGAGGGUAAGAUGAUGUGGCCUCCCCCGCCCCCAGCACAGGCCCCAGCAGCAGCCGCACCCACAGCCACAGAGGUCGCCAAGAAGGAACCACCGCCACCCCCCAACUAUUUUGCGGCAACUCUGAAAGAUUCCUUCAUGUACACAGCGGGUCUCUCCAGCAUGUUAGGACUUGGAGUUGCCUCCCCUAAUGCUGCCUUCACCACCAUGGUAACCACAUUUGGUCUGGCAGGAAUUGUGGGAUACCACACAGUCUGGGGAGUGACACCUGCCCUCCAUUCACCUCUGAUGUCAGUCACUAAUGCCAUCUCUGGUAUCACGGCCGUGGGAGGUCUGUUGUUGAUGGGGGGUGGGUACCUGCCCACAGACACAAUUCAGACUCUCUCUGCGCUGGCAGCGUUCAUCUCCUCUAUCAAUAUCGGUGGUGGCUUCCUUGUCACACAGAGGAUGCUGGACAUGUUCAAACGGCCAACUGACCCUCCAGAGUAUAACUACCUGUACGUCAUUCCGGCCGCCACCUUCCUGGGCGGUUACGCUUACGCCGCUCAGGGUAACUACCCAGACAUCCACCAGAUGGCGUACCUGGCCGCAUCACUGUGCUGCGUGGGCGCACUGACUGGUCUCUCCUCACAGCAGACCUGUAGGAUCGGUAACACCCUGGGUAUGAUCGGCGUGUCGUCUGGGCUGGCAGCCACCCUGGGCAUCUUGAAGCCUGACCCUGAGCUCCUUACCCAGAUGGUUGGCUGUAUGGGUUUGGGUGCUGGUAUUGGGAUGACCAUGGCCAAGAGGAUGGAGGUGACAGAUCUCCCGCAGAUGGUGGCUCUGUUCCACAGCCUGGUGGGUGCUGCCGCGGUCAUCACCUGCAUAGCUAACUUCCUGGCUGAGAACCCUCACUUUGCCACAGACCCCGCGGCUAAUGUGAUGAAGACAGCCCUUUUCCUCGGCACAUUCAUCGGAGGGGUCACCUUCACGGGGUCACUGGUAGCCUUUGGAAAACUCCAGGGCCUGCUGAAGUCUGAACCUCUUCUCCUGCCUGGCAGAAAUCUGCUAAAUUCCAGCAUGAUGAUGGGUAAUGUGGGUGCCAUGGGAUACUUCAUGAUGACCAAUGAGCUCUCACCUGGCCUGAGCAUGCUAGGAAUUACGACCAGUUUGUCGAGCAUCAUGGGAGUAACGUUGACGGCCGCUAUUGGAGGUGCUGACAUGCCUGUGGUGAUCACAGUUCUGAACAGCUACUCUGGCUGGGCCCUGUGCGCUGAGGGUUUCAUGUUGAACAACAACCUGAUGACUAUCGUGGGAGCCAUGAUUGGAUCAUCGGGUGCCAUUCUGUCCUACAUCAUGUGCAAGGCCAUGAAUCGCUCACUUCCCAAUGUGAUUCUGGGAGGUUAUGGCACAUCAAGCACAGGUAAGGGUGAGGCAAUGAAAAUCACAGGAGAACACACUGAAGUGAACACAGAGGGUGCUGUUGACAUGAUUGUCAAUGCCAAGGACAUCAUUAUCACCCCUGGUUAUGGUCUCUGUGUUGCCAAAGCCCAAUACCCCAUCGCAGAAAUGGUUGAUCUUCUGACCAAGAAAGGGAAAAAUGUUCGCUUUGGAAUUCACCCAGUUGCUGGACGUAUGCCUGGUCAGUUGAAUGUGUUGCUAGCGGAGGCUGGCGUUCCUUAUGAUAUUGUCCUAGAGAUGGAUGAAAUCAAUGAAGACUUCCCAGCAACGGAUCUGGUUCUUGUGAUCGGAGCCAAUGACACUGUCAACUCGGCUGCAGAGGAUGACCCCAACUCCAUCAUUGCUGGCAUGCCAGUGCUCAGAGUUUGGACAGCUGAACAGGUGAUAGUGAUGAAGAGAACGCUGGGCGUUGGGUACGCUGCCGUGGACAAUCCAAUUUUCUUCAAACCCAACACGUCCAUGUUGCUAGGCGACGCCAAGAAGACCUGCGACGCAUUGUUAACCAAAGUCCGCGAACAUUAUGAAGGUCACUAACUACUGUAGUCCUAGGAGAUAAGCAUUAUUAUGAAUUUGCUUAGAUGUAUUAUUUGUCUAUUCAAGAUGGCCUCCACUGAAAUUUUUAUUCUCUGUAGUGGAAAAAAAAAUACAUACGGUUUCCAGUGGAACGGAAUUGGGCGUGAUACACGAUGUACCAGGAUGUAGUAUUUAUGACUUUGCCACAAAUGGCCCUUUUCAUUUGUCCGUACAAGAAUUCCCAUACAAUUGGUUGUGGCGUGUUUUUACAAGCAAGUCCUAAUUAUGACUGUUAGCGUUAUUGUUUUUGGUUUUCGUUUGUUUUUUUUUUGUAAAAAUUGACAAAAGCUUCAUUUGUAAACAGAGGAUGUCUUGUUGGAUAUGGGUAGAAGUUCUUGAAAAUUUGUUUGACACAUCCACAAAUUUUUGGGCAUGGUUACAAGAUGGAAGCAUUAAUACUUACGUCAUCUCAUGUAUGACGCUGAAUCUUGCAAAAGUACGACACAUUGAUGCAUCACCACGGCAGCAAGAACCUGUAAUAGUUGAGCAUUGGGUUGAUGCUAUGACGCUCAAUUUUAGAAGUAUUAUGCGAAAUGGUCAGGCAAGUUUCAGGCAGGAGUAGUGGGGACAGGUAAUGGAUUAGUGUGAUCAAUUUCACAGAAAGUGAAACUAGUGCUACUUUUUAUUGGCGACUUUGAAAAGACGAGCAAGUGUGGUCUCACCACUUUCAGUGUCUCAAGUUUAAUCUGCAGUUUCGUUAGUUUUUUUUUGUUUUCUCCCUGCUUUUUUUGUUGUUUUGCCUUUGCUUUGUGUUCAUAUUUAUGUUAGAUUUGAAGAAGAAAAAACUCAGUGCUGGUUGAAGUCCUCUGAGCUCUAUAGAUUUUGAGAAUUUUACGCAAUAUUUGUUACAAAGAUUUUUAUGGGCUACUUACAAAAAACACACAUAUCUCUUAGGUCUUUAUGAUCUUAUUUUGUCCUCUAAUCAUCUCAAAGUGCUAUAUUUUAUGCAUAAUUAUUAGCAAUGUCUCAAAUUCAGCAGAAUCUGUCUUGUGCUAUGUGUUUUGCUCCCUCCAUUGUAAUUUAUGUGGUUUUGUAACUUGCCUUGUAUCAGUGUGUUCUUUUGCUUUCUCCAGAUAAAGUAAAAUAGCCAAAGAUGUCGUCUCGACGAAGGCUGUUUUUUUAUGUGAAAGUUAUUUUGUGCUGUGACUUUUGUGUUGAAAACUGUUUACUGUGCUGAGAGCUGUGCCGAGUCACGUUGUUCAAAAUUAAAACUGCGAAAGUGAAAACGUAAAAUCCAACGGCAAGAAGGGAGCUAACUCUGACAAUAUCACGUGUCCGAGGGUUGUCAAGGUUUGUUCUGCCAAACGCUGUGAAUGAAUGUUUAGACUGAAAUCGACAAUUAAAACAGAGCCUAAAAGUUAACAUUAGGAAUUGUCACGUGUUGUAAAUGUCUUUAAUAAAGAGCUUUAUCCAGGUAGGUGUGUGUGCACCAGUCAAAAUCAGUAAUGAAUCCUGAAGAGGAAGUUUAGACGGAAUGUACAUGUAGUUUGGUAGGUGUGUCUCAUUUUGAUCCCCAACACGUCAUGUCUUUUAUUAUGCCAUGCACGAUAUCAUACCAUGCCCGAUAUCCCACACAGUUGCCGUUCAGCUUCUUAUGUAGUCUGAUUUGUCCAUUACUGGAACGGGGGUGGCUAUAAUCGUGUGAUACUAGCUGUAAAACACAAACAAAAAAUAGCGAAAUAAAUACAUUUUAGGCA